AUGCAGGCCUACCUCAAAUUGCAGGCAGUGUUUUACAGUGUUGAAAGGAUGUUCUCUCCGUUACAGGUGUUUGUGGGGACUCUGUCCAUGUCUCUGCUGCUUUGCAGCGUCAGUUCGGCACCAAGAGAAGACCUGCAGCUCCAGCUGCUCCAAUCAGAAGUGGAUCCCAAGGAGAAUGAGCUUCAGGAUCUCUCUCGUUUGCUUCUUCUGAAGCAGCUUUCUGAGUCAGUGGCACCUGAGGAGAAAGACGCUCUUGAAAGCAUUGAUGAUCUUGAGGUUCGUAAUGAAGUGGUUCGCCAGAUUCCCUUUUCCCAACGAGAACGCAAAGCAGGCUGCAGGAAUUUCUACUGGAAGACCUUCACCUCUUGUUAGUCAACCUGCAAGACCCUUACAAACACUGUUAUACUUGUGUAGCCAUCAAAAUAACUUGAUUAGAGGAUUUCUGGUCCUGUGCAUAUAGCAUGGAUUGUAAUAAUCUAUAUGUUCUUCAGCUUCUUCUCUUUCUUAUACCAUCUGCAUUAACCAAGAUUGUUCCUUAAAAAUCACCAGCACACACAGUAAUACUAUUCCAGUAUAAAGAGAGAUUAACUCUGACUUUUAUGCAGUGUAUGCUAUAAAAUGUUUGUAUUAUGGGUACUAUCAGGAUUGAUGGCCAGAGAUUAUAUGAUUAACAUUUAAAAUCUUGAUAUAGCGGUUUUUGUGUUGACCUUGCAACAGUGUCAUUGGAUUGCUAUAGUCCUCUGUAAUAAAGUGUGAUCAGGGAAAGUGCGUUUAUGUGUGAUUGGCUCUAUGGGAUGUAAGAUAAACAGCAAGAACACACUAAAAACUUUUUUGUCCGUUUUUUCUUUCUUUCACAUUCAUCAAAUCAUAAAUUGGAACAACGGUCAGUACAAACUAGAUGUCAAUAGACAUUUGCAGUAAAAACAGAUGGAUUUAUAAAGCUGAUCUUUUUCUCCCCCUAAACUCAACAUCAGGAAAAUAAAAUGCAAACUCAUCCAAACGUGCCCUGAAAUAAACUGGCAGCUUAAAAAGUAAAUCAGCCAUUGAAACAGACUUUGCAGUACCAGGGCACUUUAUCAAUUAGCAAUCAUCUGCAAUGACAGGUUUAGAAAAAGUUUUUUGGCAGCAAAUUGACCAGAUGGACACUAUGCUGGAAUAAUCUUACAAAAUAUUCCAGGCAAAUCAAUAAAUAAAGCAUGCAACCAUCUGAACCACUUUAUGCUUUUAGUUUCUAGAUAAUUUUAACUAUUUGUCAGCGCAAAAACUAGCACUUAAUUAUGUUGCUUCAAACAAUCAACACCUUAUUUGAAACCUUUUCAUAUAAUGGCAUUAAGCAAUGGAUGCUUGCUGCUACACAUCAUUCAAAUAACAGACAAUUAAAAAUGCAUUUUGACACAAAAUAAAGCAAAUACAGAAAAUGAGAUGUAAUAGAAUAAAGCCAACCAGUAACAAUCUCUGCACAAGAGUCAGAUGUGUAACGAUCUGAAAGUCAUUUCUCUAGUACGUACUUUACCUCCUUGUAACCUUCAUACUUGACCAUUUACUGACUGUUAGACAUUAAUCGAUGUAUAUUUAGUGACAAAAUCGUGACUAAGUUUCUUGAUGUGAUGAGAAAUGUUCUAUUUCUAUUAAGAAGCCAUGAUUUGUAAUUCAUCUAACCUACUAGAUUCCGUUCCUUAACUGCUCUCUAUUUCUUUCACUAUUCAAACUCCUUGAAAAUAAUCCACCCUGCUGCCAAACCCAAACCGCUGAAUGUAGCAAAAAACUGCAGCUACUCGGCUUUAAAAUGAAAUCAACCACUUUGAUCCAACACACACCUGUCAAAAGAUUUCCUUCAUUGAAGCGGUCAUUAAACAAACUGAGCCUUUAUUCCUAUCUGACAACACUUCUCUUGUAACAGUUUCUGAAAUCAGCGUAAACGUAGAGCUAGAGACCGCACGGAAAACAGAACAAAACCGCUGCCUGUGUUAAACUUUUCCAACCGUUUUUACCAGAAUUAUCAUUAGUAUCAUGACGAAUGUAAUGAUAAUAAACUAAUAUCAAGUCAGUAAACGAAAUACAGUAAUAACAUCCUUCAACAAUCAUGAUUUCAAGUAUUAAAAUAAUGAGCACUGGAUAUCCACUGACAUCAGGUUUUUGUUUUUGAGAGGAUAAAAGAAAAGAGAUGAUCUGAAUGGGGACAAUAUGAAGUGACCCCAACUGCCAGCAGAAUUGGGGCAUUAUUUGAGGGAACUGUGACAUGUUACUAUAUUUCCUUUAAAGGUUAAUAUUUAAGUGUUGUAAAAGUGACUGCUUCAAGGUAGAAAUGCACCCUGUUCACGAGGCUCACAUUUCGCAUAAACACACAUACGCUGAGGAUUAUACACAAACACCAUCAUAUUUCAUUCAACACCUGUUUUUCUAUAUUCUUGAGGAAACGGCUUUCCAGUGGAACUACUCUAAACACUAGAACUAUUUUUUUCUCCUCGGCUCUAUGCUAC